AUGACGACCGAUGCACUCGCUCUGAUGGCAGUUGCCCUUGCAGAAGCCAGCCCAGGAGGGGUCCCGGGGAGCCAGGUCCCAGCCCUGCUCCGAGCCGUCUCGGCGCUGGCUGGGGCCCGCGGCUUCCUCGUCGACAUCACUCGUGCAGCGCUGGAGGCGGCGCCGUUCGGGGGCCUCGGAGUCUCUCCCUCAGCCUGGACGUGCUCCUGCCUCCUUGAGGCCGCGGCAGCAGCAGGCAUUCCGACGUUCGCAGCGGCAGUCGUCGCGCCUUCCGCCGUUGGGGCGUCGCCUCGCACCCCAGUCGCAGCAGACACCGCCGCCGCCAGCACGGCCGGCGACACCGGCGCCGGUGACGCGGAUAGCGCCUCCUCCGCAGUCUGUUCCGGACUCGCGCCCGGCCUCGUCCCCUCAGCCUCCGCCUGUGCAGCCCACGGGGUGGCAGAGGGCGAAACUGAGCCGGCGUCAAAGGCAGCGGCAGAGGCGCCAGCAGACACCAGGACCGCAGGCACUCCAGCAGCCGCGACUCCAGACUCCUCACCAGCCGCCACCGCGGGCGGCGCAGCCGCCUCUAGCUCAAUCUCCGCUCCGUCGGUUUCCUUUGCCCCUCCAUCCGCAGCAGCAUCGCUCCUCGGUGUACCAUGUUCCUCCGUCCCCUCCUCCGCCCGCUCAGUAACGCCUCCUGCCCCGCCGCCCCCUCAAGCCGUGGUUCCUGGUCAGCCUCCAACUCUCGUGGAGCAGCGCGUGAUGCACGUGGGGACUUGCUUGACGCUCUUGUCGUACGUGCUAGACCAGCUUCACGUGACUCUGGUGCAGCAGGAGGUGCAGAUCGGGGCAAUGCAGCCAGCGGAGCAGACGGCGGCAGUGGCGGCAGCGGAGGAGUUGCAGCAUUACCUCCCGCUGAUUGGCUUUGUGCCGGGCUCCCCCGGGGCUGCCCUCGGGCCCGGCCCUGGAGCUUUGGCACGGCUUGCCGAGUCUGCCCAGGAGGACCCUCUCGACCUUGUAGCCGCUGCCGCGUCCGUCCUACGCUGGUUGGACGGGCGGCUUUGCUGGAUCCUGGUUGAGUAG